AUGGCACAUUCCACGGACAGUUUUGCCUCAAGCAGCCCGCGAGACGACAGGGGUGAGGAUCCAGCAGGUGACAACGUGCCGCUCUCGAGUGUGCCAGCGACCCCUGCGGGAGCAACACCGCGCCCUCCGUUUGCUGAACGUGGUAUGUUUUCGCCGCCCUCAUCCCGUGGUGCCUUGAGUCCAGACCCGUCAGAGCAGACAGGCGUCUCUCAGUUUGGCCAGGCGCGAUACGGAAGGGCUGUAGGCGGGAGCGCCUCGUUCGCAGCGGAGGGUGAGCCAGGAAUCGGAGCGCGGUCGGGCUCGAGCUGCCCGCCAACCUCACCGCACUUCCAACGGUUCAGCACUGUUGGACGCCGGGAACUGAGCCGUUCCUUUUUGGGGCUUCCACUCACGCCGCGGAGCAGCGCGACCGGCUCUCCGAACAUUGAUCGUGGCCUGGGCUCUCAAACAGUCGGCGGCGGCGCCGAUCCAACGCGCACUACAAGCACUGACUCCAUUCCUGUGCGGGUUCUCUGGGGAACAGACUUAUCUGUGGAAGAGGUUUACGCGAAGUUGUUGAGCUUCUUAAAGGGAUUCCAUCCGCUGCGAUUAUCGGAUGAAAAUAGCCUUUCGAGAGGCGACGACUCCUCGACAACAGCGACCCCAGCGCCGCUCUACUUGAAGCUCCUGGAGGAGCUCCACGAAACUGAUUCCCACACGCUUAACGUCAGCAUGAAACACGUCCAAGAAUAUGAUGCAGUCUUGCACGAAAAACUUGUACGGUACCCGUCUGACAUGAUCAGCCUCUUUGAUAUGGCAGCAAACCAAAUAUACCAGCAAAUGUUCAUGAGCGAUAGCAGUGGAGUGAUCGGACACAUUCAGGUCAGAGUUUACGACAUUGGCUCUGCACAAUCCGUGCGCCAGCUUGAGCCGUGCCAUCUGGACUCUCUUGUCGCGAUUCGGGGAAUGGUAGUACGGACGAGCAGCCUCAUUCCCGAUCUGGCGGAUGCAUUCUACCGCUGCAUGAACUGUCUACACACAACGGUGGUCCCUAUUCGACACGGGCGCGUCCAAGAACCGAGUGCAUGUUCUCGUUGUGGCCUGAAAUCUUCCUAUCAGUUGAUUCAUAACCGAUGCUGCUUUACGGACAAGCAGGUCAUUCGUCUCCAGGAGUCACCAGAGAGCGUACCGCAAGGGGAGACACCUGCAUCAAUUUCACUUGUGCUGUACGAGGAUAUGGUGGACACCAUGAAACCCGGCGAUCGCGUGGAAGUCACGGGAAUAUAUCGAGCUAUGCCUGUGCGGGUUCAUCCACGGAUGCGGAACGUACGGUCUGUCUUCCGCACAUACCUGGAUGUGGUGCAUGUGAAGCACACGGAUGCUCGGCGCGUCAUGGACGUACCAGAACCCGGUGACGUCGAUGCUCUGCCGCUCGCAGAAGAAGUCGCCGGUACGACAUCGACCGCAAUGGUCCCGCUAAUCGACCUGGGCGGUGCAGGUUCUGCUCAAAUGCCCGCCGAACCGCGUGAAGUUGCAGCAGAUGCACUGGAGCCGGCGCCGCUGUCGGAUGCACCGUUGCGCGGGAUGCGCGACUGGGAGCCUCGAAUUCGUGAACUUGCCCGUGAUCCCCGUGUGUAUGAGCGUCUAGCCGCGUCUAUAGCGCCAUCCAUUUGGGGUAUGGACGACGUGAAGAAAGGGGUCCUGUGCCAAUUGCUUGGCGGGACACGGAAAGACUUUGUCGCUGCUGGAGGAACCCGUUUCCGCUCUGAAAUUAACGUGCUGAUCGUAGGCGAUCCUGGAGUCUCCAAAUCGCAGCUACUCUCCUUCGUACACCGCAUCUCACCUCGAGGAAUCUAUACGUCUGGACGGGGGAGCUCGGCGGUUGGUCUCACUGCCUAUGUGACCAAAGAUCCCGAAACGCACGAUACCGUUUUAGAAUCUGGUGCUCUAGUCCUUUCUGACCGCGGAAUUUGCUGCAUUGACGAGUUUGACAAGAUGAGCGAGCAGUCCCGCACAAUUUUACAUGAGGCAAUGGAGCAGCAGACAAUAUCGAUCGCCAAAGCCGGCAUCAUCGCCACCUUGAAUGCCCGAACUUCGGUACUUGCAGCAGCGAAUCCAAUUGACUCGUGCUACAAUCCACGCUUGUCAGUGAUCGAAAACAUUCAGAUGCCGCCAACGCUCCUCUCUCGCUUUGAUCUCGUCUAUCUAGUGCUCGAUAAGCCAUCCGCAGACGAUGAUCGGCGCCUCGCGCGCCACAUUGUCUCCCUCUUUAGCGAGCAUGAGGAGAGCGCAGCAGGGAACGCGUUUCAUGCUUCGGAAGAUUUGCCCCUGGUGGAAUUGCCGUUGCUGGCGGCCUACAUCUCAUAUGCACGCGAGAAUGUCCAUCCCGUCUUGUCGGAUGAUGCAAGUGAUACGCUGAUAUCGGGCUACAUGGAGAUGCGGCGGAUGGGCGCUGCGUAUGCCGCCCACGGGAUUCCCAAGACCAUUACAGCGACGCCGCGGCAGCUUGAGUCGCUGAUCCGUCUCUCCGAGGCGCACGCGAAAGUUCGCUUAUCGCCCGUUGUCGAGAGAGCCGAUGUCGAAGAGGCUCUCCGUCUAGUACGGAUCGCCACCCAGCAGGCUGCCACAGAUCCGCUGACUGGUCGCAUCGAUUUGGAUCUGCUGCAGACGGGGCAUAGCGCGGCAUGGCGUCAACGCGUCAACGAACUUGCGCGGGCAAUCUGGAAUAUUCUUCAGGAACGUGAGUCCUCUAUCGUGCUUCGCAAGCAGGCGAUUCUCCAUCUCCUUCGGCAACAAGCCGCUCAGGUGGGUACUACCUCUGCGGACGAGACCGUGCGUGAAGAUGAGUUCGAGGAGGCUCUUCAUCUGCUGCAGAACGAACAAAAGAUACGGCUUGUCCAGCACGGGUCCGCUGUUGCACGUUGCUUCUGA